AUGAUAGAUGCAACAGAGCAUAUGCAAUGCUUCAUUGCUACAACGUAUGAUAGCAUCUGCAAACAACAUACACAUAUUGAGAUACAUCCAUUGUUCAUGUUUGGACUAUCUGCAUCUAUGACUCCCUAUGCUAAUUUCAACCAAUCAUCAAGAAUAGUAUUCCAAUCAGCUAUGAGCAAGCAAGCAAUACCUCUUACUCUCCAUAUAAUGACAAGCAUGGUAUUAGACUCAAAGAUAUUAACAUACGCUCAAAAGCCUAUAUGUACAACAACUAUAUCAAACACAAUAAAGGAAUACAAUGGAGUAAACAUUGUAAUUGUUAUAUUGUCAUACUCUGAAUAUAAUCAAGAGGACUCUUUGUUGUUUAACAAGUCAUCAAUAGACAGAGGACUAUCCUCAAGUAUUAAAUACGAAGUUGUUGAGAUCAUAGAGAACAAGUUUAUGAAUGAGACUCUUGUAUAUAUUCUAGAUGGAGAUAUCUUACGUGACAACGAUGGCAUUGUGUUAAUUGAUCAACAAGUAAAAGAUGGUGAUACCAUUGCCGCUAAAUUUAUAAUAACAGAAAAGAAACAAAGCAUAGAGAAGAUAGUACUGAAGAGCUUUGUAUCAGGACGGGUUGAUAAGGUAACUAAACAUACAAGCGUAGAAGGGAACAAGAUAGUUAGAGUAAGAAUAUUGCUAUACAAAUUUCCUAUUGUAGGAGAUAAGUUCACAUCACGGCAUUCACAAAAGGGUGUGAUUGGAGCUAUCAUGUCACAAGAAGAUUUACUAUUUACUAAAGAUGGGAUAGCACCUGAUCUUAUAAUCAACCCUCAUGCAAUACCUAGUAGGAUGACCAUGGAUCAUCUACUAGAGAUGGUAAUGUGUAAGAUCUAUGUACUAGACUCAAACAAUGCUAGAGAUCCAAUACUUCCUUCAAAGCCGAAGUCUAGAGAGAGCAGCUGUAUAGAUGCAACAACAUUCAAUAAAGCUUAUGGAAGCUUUGAAGGUGAUACAGCUAAAUUCUCUAAACAGAAGAUGUAUUGUGGUACUACAGGAUUACCUAUAGAAGCGAGAGUUGCAAUUGGUAUAUGUUACUAUGAUGUUCUUAGACAUCAAGCUAGAGACAAGGCCCAUUCGAUAUCCAAAGGUGUCAUACAAAGUCUUACAAAGCAACCAGUUGAAGGACAAUCAAGAAAAGGAGGACUGCGAUUUGGAAAAAUGGAGAAGGAUUGUCUUAUAGCACAUGGAGCAGCAUCGAUGCUUCUUGAGAAGUUAAAGAACACCUCUGAUUUGUGUGAG